AUAAGUACAUGAGCUCGAUUCAUUUGCGGAAUAUACACCAUUAAUUAGCCCCACGCUACAAAAAUGUCCAAUCCCAGAAUAGUUGCAAAAUCAUUUGUAGCCUUAACCUUAUUAUUGUUAAUUUUAUCGGCAACAACAUGGGAUCCUUUCUUUCGCCGCCAUGCCGGUGCCGGAGAGGGAGUUGAGGAUCCCGUGAUGAAGGUGACGGAAGUCGAAGGCGGCGGCGAGUGCGACGUCUUCGCCGGGGAAUGGGUUCCGAAUCCGGAGGCUCCGUAUUACACGAACGCCACGUGCUGGGCGAUCCACGAGCACCAGAACUGCAUGAAGUACGGGCGGCCCGAUGAGGGGUUCAUGAAGUGGAGGUGGCAGCCGGACGGCUGCGAUUUGCCGGUGUUUGAGCCGUACCGGUUCUUGGAUAUGGUGAGGAACAAGUCUUUGGCCUUUGUCGGAGACUCUGUCGGGAGAAAUCAUAUGCAGUCAUUGAUUUGCCUCUUGUCUCGGGUAGAGUACCCACUUGAUGUUUCAACAUCUAAAGACGAAAAUUUCAAGCGAUGGAAGUACGUGACUUUCAACUUCACUAUUGCAACAUUUUGGUCACCAUUCUUGGUGAGGGCCAAAGAGACUGAUUCGGAUGGUCCAACCCACACUGGCUUAUAUAAUCUCUACCUUGAUGAGGUCAAUGAAGAAUGGACCACUCAGAUUGAGAGAUUUGAUUAUGUCAUCAUAAGCGCCGGCCAUUGGUUCUACCGUCCGAGCAUGUAUUUCAAGAACGGAAAACGAGUUGGGUGUCGUUACUGCUUGAUAGAGAAUGUGACUGACAUGCCGAUGUCUUACGGAUAUCGGAUGGCAUUUAAGACGGCUUUUAAAGCUAUAAACAAUUUAAAGAAUUAUAAAGGUGUAACAUUUUUAAGAACUUUUGCACCGUCACACUUUGAAGGUGGGGAGUGGAAUGAUGGUGGGACUUGUCCAAGGCACUUACCACUCAAGAAAAAUGAAACACUUUUGGAUGGAACAAAUUUGGAAAUGUACUUGGCUCAAAUGGAGGAAUUCAAAGUGGCACAAAAGGAAGGAAAGAUGAAAGGAUUGAAAUACAGAUUGCUAGAUAUGACAUAUGCUAUGUUGUUGAGACCGGACGGUCAUCCUAGUCGAUAUGGGCAUUUGCCACGUGAUAACAUGACACUGUAUAAUGAUUGUGUACAUUGGUGUCUGCCUGGUCUUAUAGAUUCUUGGAGUGAUUUUCUUCUCCAUGUCAUAAAGAUGGAAUGAAGAAUGAAAGAAUGAUGAACAUGUUUAAACACCCCCCACACACACACAUGUAAUGGAGGGUUCACCUUGAUAACUUAUACGGAGCACUACGUAAGUUUAUAAAAUAGAACAUUUUAAUUCAAAUAUUAGUAAUGACAUAAUUGUAAAUAUAUGUGAAA